CCGUGCCGUGCCGAGCCGAGCCGAGCCGAGCCGAGCCGCCCGCCCCUCGCCGCGCCGCGGAGGAUGCUCGGGCCGUGAGCCCGCAGCCGGCAGCCCCGGCGCCGCGGAGCCAUGGGCAAGGACCAGGAGCUGGUGCAGGCGGUGAAGGCGGAGGACGUCGCGGCCGUGCAGAAACUGCUGCAGAGGCCCAAGCCCGGCAAAGCCAAGCUCCUUGGAUCCGCAAAAAAAGUCAACGUCAACUUCCAAGACACUGACGGGUUCUCAGCUCUGCACCAUGCGGCACUCAACGGCAACACAGAGCUCAUCUCACUGCUGCUGGAGGCGCAGGCUGCGGUGGACAUCAAGGACAACAAAGGCAUGCGGCCCCUGCACUACGCGGCUUGGCAAGGCAAGAAGGAGCCCAUGAAAAUGGUGCUGAAAGCAGGUUCCUCCGUGAACAUCCCAUCGGACGAGGGCCAGAUCCCCCUGCACCUGGCAGCACAGCACGGGCACUACGAUGUGUCGGAGAUGCUCCUGCAGCACCAGUCCAACCCCUGCAUCAUGGACAAUUCGGGGAAGACGCCUCUGGACCUUGCGUGUGAAUUUGGCCGGGUCGGGGUGGUCCAACUGCUCCUGAACAGCAACAUGUGCGCGGCGCUGCUGGAGCCCAAGCCAGGGGACACCACCGACCCCAACGGCACCAGCCCCCUGCACCUCGCCGCCAAGAACGGCCACAUCGACAUCAUCCGGCUCCUGCUGCAGGCUGGCAUCGACAUCAACCGGCAAACCAAGGCGGGCACGGCGCUGCACGAGGCGGCCCUGUGCGGCAAGACAGAUGUGGUGCGGCUGCUGCUGGAUAGUGGGAUCAAUGCCCACGUCAGGAACACCUACAACCAGACGGCUCUGGACAUUGUCAACCAGUUCACCACCAGCCAGGCCAGCAAGGAGAUCAAGCAGAUGCUGCGGGACGCCUCCGCCGCUCUGCAGGUCCGGGCCGUCAAGGACUAUUGCAACAACUACGACCUGACCAGCCUCAAUGUGAAAGCUGGGGACGUCAUCACUGUGCUGGAGCAGCAUGCGGACGGGCGCUGGAAGGGCUGCAUUCAUGACAACCGGACCGGCAAUGACCGCGUGGGCUACUUCCCCUCCAGCCUCGUCGAGGCCAUAAGCAAGCGAACAGGUUCAUGGGAGACUGUAACAAUCCCCCAACAGUACCAAAAGAUCCCGCUCCCGGCUUACGGGGUUGCUGUGCUAAACGGUGACGCCUCGUCCCAUCCGUUCCAUUCCCUGCCUCCACCUCCACCUCCACCACCACAUUCCCAUCAGACUCUUUUCAGUUCCUUUGGCUAUCACAGGCUCUCCCCUAGCAGUGCCGACGAGCCGCAUUAUGGACAAGGGUCCCGCGGGGCCGACAUGAGCCCGUCCCACCUCUCGCCGUCGCAGGGCGGAUCAGCCACACCGGCUCCUACGGAGGAGAUCUGGGUCCUGCGGAAACCCUUUGCAGGUGGCGACCGCAGCAGCCUGGGCAGCACAGGCAGCGUGGCCUCUGCCCGCAGCUCGGGGAGCGGGCAGAGCGCAGGCAGUGGCGCGCACGCCCUGCACGCUGGCUCUGAAGGCGUCAAGCUGCUGGCAACGGUCCUUUCCCAGAAGGCUUCUGCGCAAGAGACUGCCGUGGGCGAUGGGCCGGCCAAGGCGCAGGACAUCCCCGCAGGUUCGUCGCGGUCACAGAGCGUGGCCAGCUCUCCGUACGCCCCCCAGACCCCUGCCGAGCCCCAGCUGAAGAAGAUGGAGCCGCCGUCAGAGGGGAAGAGCUCAGAGGCCGUGUACCAGUGGCUCUGCAAGUUCCAGCUGCAGCUCUACGCGCCCAACUUCAUCAAUGCUGGCUACGACAUCACCACCAUUAGCCGGAUGACACCGGAGGACCUCACAGCUAUUGGCGUCACCAAGCCGGGGCACAGGAAGAAGAUCGCCUCGGAGAUCAACAACCUCAAUAUCCCCGAAUGGCUGCCAGAGUACAAGCCGGCCAACCUGGCGCUGUGGCUCUCCAUGAUCGGCCUGUCCCAGUACUACAAGGUGCUGGUGGAGAAUGGCUACGAGAACAUCGACUUCAUCACUGACAUCACCUGGGAGGACCUGCAGGAGAUCGGCAUCACCAAGCUGGGCCACCAGAAGAAGCUGAUGCUGGCAGUGAAGAAGCUGGCAGAGCUGCAGCGUGCCGAGUUGGGCAAGUAUGAGCCAGGCACGCUGAAGAGGAAGGCGGCAGCAGCGUGCCCGGAGGUGCUGGCCAUUGAGUCCCCCCCUCCGGAGCCACCUGAAUGCCAGUCACCCAAGAUGACCACCUUCCAGGACAGCGAGCUCAGCAGUGAGCUGCAGGUGGCCAUGACAGGCGAAGCCCCCGAGGAGCUCCCUGAGAAGGCCGCGAACCCAGCGGCACCUGGCUACCGCUCGCCCCCGGGGCUGGGUGGCCGCACCAGGCUGAUGAGCAGCUCGCAGGAGCUGCUGGGGGAUGGCCCGAGGGCCCCCCCCGCCACCGCCAUCUCCAAGAGCCAGGAGUACCUGGCAGAGGGGGCCGGUGAGGGUCCCCCUGCACCACCCAAGGAAGGGCGCCCGCCCCGGCAUGGCCACCCCGUCAAGCGUGCCAGCGUGCCACCAGUGCCCGGCAAGCCCCGGCAGCCCUUCCCGUCCUCUGCCGGCCACCUGACGCCACCACAGACCCCCGGCAAGCCGCGGCCCCCCUCCCCGCAAGGCCUGCCGGCACCCCAUGCCACCGCCAAGGUGAAGCCCACCCCGCAGCUGCUGCCACCGGGCGAGCGCCCCGCAUCGCCCCGCUCCCUGCCCCAGUCGCCCACCCACCGCGGCUUUGCCUACGUCCUGCCGCAGCCCGCCGAGGGCGAGGGGGGACCCCCGGGGGUGCCCGUCCUGCCCGUCUCAGUGCCGGUGCUGUGCCUGCCACCAGCGGGUGAGGGCGAGGAGGAGCCGGGGCGGCCGAAGAAGCGGGCGCACAGCCUGAACCGCUACGCCGCCUCCGACAGCGAGCAGGAGCGGGAUGAGCUGCUGGUGCCAGACGCGGGGCCCUACGCCACCGUCCAGCGGCGCGUGGGGCGCAGCCACUCGGUGCGGGCACCCGCUGGUGGCGACAAGAACGUCAACCGCAGCCAGUCCUUUGCCGUCCGCCCCAAGAAGAAGGGGCCCCCGCCGCCCCCGCCCAAGCGCUCCAGCUCUGCCAUCUCUAGCGCUGGCAUGGCUGAGGACUUCCCCAAGGACGGUGAAGGCGAGGCGGCCGCUGGGCCCCCCACCGCUGAAGGGGAGAGCCAUCGGGAGCAGCGGCGGGCCAGCGAUCUAGGCGGCAGCGUGGACACAGGCAGUGCCGGCAGCGUGCGCAGCAUCGCGGCCAUGCUGGAGAUGUCCUCCAUUGGUGGUGGGGCCCGGGCACUGGCGCUGCAGAAGCCGCAUGGGGCCAGUGGGCCGGGGCCGGCCAAGGCGCCCGAGGGCUACUACCUGCAACCAGGGCCCCCCCCCGGCAGCCCUGAGCGUGCCCGUGUGGCCACCGUCCUGGCCACUGUCAAGCACAAGGAGGCCAUUGGCCUGGAUGGGGAGGUGGUGAACCGGCGCCGGACCAUCAGCGGCCCCGUCACUGGGCUGGUGGCGGCUGCCCGCCGUGAGCGUGCCGACAGCGUGCGGUCGGAGGCGGGCGCCGAUGGCCCCAGUGAGCGACUGCGAGUCGAGCGCGGUGGCUCCCCGGACGGCAUCCCCUUCGCCGAGGAGGGCAACCUCACCAUCAAGCAGCGGCCACGGCCCCUAGGGCCGACCCGGGGGGAUGUGGGCGAGGGGCUGUCCCCGGCUCACCGCCACGGGGACCUGGCCAAAGUGGAGGCCAGCGCCACGCUCAAGCGGCGGAUCCGGGCCAGGCAGAGCCAGCAGGACGGUGUCCGUUUUGUCCUCACCGAGUCCGACACCGUCAAGCGCCGGCCCAAGGCCAAGGACAAGGAGCCGGCGCUGGAGCCAGCCCCGCUCGCUGUCUACCAGAACGGCACCGGCACUGUCAAGCGGCGGCCGGCCUCCGAGCUGAGCGGGGCUGAGCCACCCACCACCCCACCACCCGCCGCCCGCCCUGACGGUCCCGACUACGCCCCGCCGCCCACCGAGCCCAAGAAGCCCUUCAAGCCACCGGUGUCCCCCAAGCCCGUGCUGACCCAGCCGCCCCAGAAGAUGCCCGGGCCGCCGGCGCCUGUCCCCAAAAAGGUGCCCAUCCCGAGCCCUGGCAGCCCAGAGGUCAAGCGGGUCCAUGGCACGCCACCCCCAGUGUCCCCCAAGCCCACGCCGCCCCCCACGGCUCCCAAGCCCCCCAAGCCCCACGCCACCAUCCAGUCGGUGAGCGCCGGCUCCACACCGGCCCCGUCCCCCGCCCGGCAGUUGGGCGCCGCCGCCGCCAAGCCGUCCAGCACGCCGCCCUCGCUCUGCUCCAGCCCCGCCAAGCCCCUCUCGCCCGGCGCGCAGCCCCAGCAGGUGCCGGUGAAGCCACCGCGCUCCGCCAUCGCCAGCCCCUCCGUCGACAGCGCCGGCCCCGAGUUGGCACAACAGAAGCUGGAGGAGACGAGCGCGUCCUUGGCCGCCGCACUGCAGGCUGUGGAGGAGAAGAUCAAGCAGGAGGACAGUCAGGCGGCAGACUCCGCCAUGGAGUCGAAAAGCACCGUGAGCAUCCUGGACGACAUUGGCAGCAUGUUCGAUGACCUGGCGGACCAGCUGGACGCCAUGCUGGAGUGAGGGGCGCCAGGGCCCCACGAACCUCAGGGCUUACGUGGGCACAAGGGCACAACGAUCCACGACCCCCCCCGGCCCCACCGCCCUCCCCUCGUCCCUUUGUACAGCUGUCCCCUCCUGGACAUCCCGUCCCUCGGGGUUUGCACAAAGAAGAAGAUACCUCAGGAUUGUGCUCACGGACUCGGCGCCAGCUCCGGCAGGACUCCCUUUUGCAGAAGCAAAAAAUAAAACAAAACAAAACAAAAACAACAGAAGAAACAAAGCAACAAGCCCUGGACUGAAACAGUCCCCGCCGGCUGCUGGGGCUCUGGGAGGGGGGGGUCUCUCUAUCUACCUGUCCGGUGGCCCUCGCCAUUGCGCCUGUGCCCUGCCGGCCCCGGUGCCGCGGGUUGUCGUGGCCCGAAUGUAGCACAAGCCCUGCCCGGCACGGUGGCCCCGGCAGCAGCUCCGCCAGCGGCGUGCCACGUGUCACCGACGGCGUUUGCUGGUGGCCAUGCUGGUGGCGGGUCCUGUUGGGCAAAUGCACUUGGGUUUCUUUUCUCCUUUUUUUUUUUUUUAAUUUUCCUUUAUAAAUUUUCUUUCUUUUUCUGUCGUCGUUCGCUGGGGGCAGGCAGGGCGCAGGGUCCCGCCGCGGCGUCGCACCGGGCUGGGGGCUGCCCCGUGGAGGGAAUCUGUCUGAGGGGGUUGCGGGGGCCCGGCCGCAGGGCUCCCCUUUGCGGGGGGCUUCGCCUCAGGCGUGGGAAGGGGGUUUUGUUUGCAUUGGUUGCAAAUUGGGAGCGAACACCCCAUCUCGGGGUCCUCGGUGGCGUGGGCGGGGGGCAGCGGGACAUGCCCCUGCCUGGCCCCUCCCCGCCGGGGGAGAGGACAGUGAUAAGCUAUAAAGAAGUAUUAAUUUAUUGGAGGGGAAGAAAAAAAAAAAAGAUAUAAACCAGAUUUCCCCAACCCCCAAAAUAAUAAAAAGAAUAAACUUUAACAAAUAUAUAUUUAAAAGAUUUAAAAAUAUUAGCAAUUAUAUAUAAAGCAGUUUAAAAGAAAUCAAGAGAAAACUGGAUUUUAGCUUGAGAAAAACUAUUAGAUUAUACUAAGCUGUGUGUCUUGUGGCAAACUCAUUCUAAGAGUAGCACAAUAUUUACCUUUUCUCUGGGUGGAAGGUACGUGCAAGCAGUUCUGUUCGGGUCUUUCCGUUGGGAUUCAGUGUCACGUCUUUAUUUUUACACCAUUAAGAACUCAAAGGAUGUGCCUUGUUUUAUGGAGGUUUUUGUUAAUUCUUAUACUGGAGGUGUUUCAGUUCUUUUGGAGUGUCUUCAGGUUUUUGGUUAUUUUUUUUUUUUUUGGCAUUUGUUUGGUGUGUGCGUGUGUGGGUGUGGGUGUGUGUGCACGCAGGGGUGCGUGUGCUCGCGUGCGUUCUGCAGGACGCACCACUGUAUAUUCAUGUAUAAACUGGAGUUGGAGUCUGGUUCAGUCGCUUGGGUCCUGAUGAAUGCAUUUUUCGCUUGUGUUUUCAAAACAAAGUGUUGCUGUUCCUCUCUUUUCUUGAGACGUACAGAGUGGUCUCUCCCCCCGCCUUCCUCUCCCUCCUUCCCUUUCCCCCCCUUUCUCUCUUUCUCUCUCUCCCCAUCUCUCCCGUUGUGGUCGCUGAUCCAAAUAUGUUUGGCACAACUUUGAAAUUUCUUUAAAAAAAAACAAACAAAAAAAGACUUUAAAAAUAACAAAAAAAAAAAUCACCCGCCUGAAAAUAUCUGUUGAAAAGAAAAAAAAUGUAUCUUAAAAAAAUAACCCAUAAAGUUCUACAUGAUGGAUAUAUACAUAUAUAUAUUUUUUAUGAUUAAGUUAUGGACUCUGUAUCGUAUCCCAUCUGUCAAGCUAUGCAUCUUGGUGCUUCUCCCUGCUCUUCUGUGCUUAGAUUUCACCUCUACUUGUCUUAUUCUUCCUAUUCUGAAUAGUAGAUGGCUCGUGGUGCUGUGAAGAAGUUUGCUCCUAUACGAAGUCUGGCAACAAAUAUUUAAAGAAAAAUAAAAAAAUAA